CGCGCUGGGCGAGGCGGCGCACAAGCCCCGCUCCCGUGCGCCCACAUCCCAAAGUUUGUCCCCAUCUUGCUCAGGGAGCAGAGGUUCAGGGCAGCGGCUCGCCUUGCUAUUGAGCAUGCUCGGCUCGCCUGAGCGCACCCAGCGGCUCGGGGAGCGCAGGCGAGAGCGGCGGGAGCCGACACUGUAGCGGCAGCACUGGGAGCGCAGAGGGAGUCUCGCCGUCGCUCCGGGACGUACCCACAGCAGCAGGCGCAGCUAGAGCACGAGGGCUAGGCAAGCGGCGGCGCCCGGCGCGGAGAGCAGGAGCCCCCCCUCCCCCCGCACUCGUUCAGGGGUGCGCUGAGAGCGGGGCACUGGCAGCGGCGGGGGGCAGCGGCAGCUCCCCGCGCUUCGCUGAGCGUCCAGGCAGCGCAGCAGUGCCACUCAGGCGCACCGGCUGCAGGAGGGGAGCCCAACAGCAGCCCCGAUGCCCCCUGAGUGCAGGGGGCGAACCGGGGGCCGCCGCCUCGGAGCAGGUCGCUAGCAGGAGCGAGCCCGGCAGCGGUCCGCGGCUGCUGUGGUGGCGGUGACCGGCUGGCGGAGUGAGCGCCCCCGGGGGAUCCAAUGGGGCCAAGCGAUGGGCGCUGGGGAGAAGUAUUAGUCGUGCAGCGCGCUUCCGCUGCCCUGGCCCCGGGGGGAGGGACCCAGCCAUGCUGCAGUCUCCAGGGGAGAACCAGACUCUGCUCUCCCAGCCUCUCCCGCUUUCGCUGCUGUUGCAGCAGCCCGGGCCGCCUGCAGUGGGCGCUGGGGAGGGGUCAGGGGAGCCGCCUGUGGCUGCGGGGCCAGCGCAGAUAGUGGCUGGCAGCCUACUGUCCCUGCUGAUUCUCUGGACGCUGUUUGGCAACGUGCUGGUGUGUGUGGCCAUCAUCCGCUUCCGGCACCUGAGGAGCAAGGUCACCAACAUCUUCAUCGUGUCCUUGGCCGUCUCUGACCUCUUGGUGGCCCUGUUGGUGAUGCCCUGGAAGGCAGUGGCCGAGGUGGCCGGCUACUGGCCCUUUGGGGCCUUCUGCAAUGUCUGGGUGGCCUUUGACAUCAUGUGCUCCACCGCCUCCAUUCUGAACCUCUGUGUGAUCAGCAUGGACAGGUACUGGGCCAUCUCCAGCCCAUUCAGGUAUGAGAGGAAGAUGACCCAGAGGGUGGCUUUGGUGAUGAUCAGCGUGGCUUGGGCUUUGUCUGUCCUUAUCUCCUUCAUCCCUGUCCAGCUCAACUGGCACAAAGGCGGGGAUGUUGAUGGAGGUGGACCUGGCACUACCUCAGCAGCAGCAGGCACUGGCACCACCUGGGCGGAAGGGAUUGGCACUAACUGGACAGUAGUAUUGAGACCCUCAGAGGGGACUGCCAGCAGCAAUGAGACCCUUGAGGGACAGGCUGAGAGCUGUGAUUCCAGCCUCAACAGGACCUAUGCUAUCUCCUCCUCACUGAUCAGCUUUUAUAUCCCCGUGGCCAUCAUGCUAGUCACCUACACACGGAUCUACCGCAUUGCCCAAGUGCAGAUCCGCAGGAUUUCCUCCCUGGAGAGGGCAGCCGAGCAUGCACAGAGUUGCCGGAGCAGCCGCGUUGACUGCCACCACCACACCAGCCUCAAGACUUCCAUCAGAAAAGAGACCAAGGUCUUGAAGACCCUCUCAGUCAUCAUGGGAGUCUUUGUCUGCUGCUGGCUGCCCUUCUUCAUUCUGAACUGCAUAGUCCCCUUUUGUGAGAGCCCCCCUGACAACCCCUAUGCUGGCCUUCCCUGUGUCAGCGAGACCACCUUUAAUAUUUUUGUAUGGUUUGGCUGGGCCAACUCAUCCCUCAAUCCCAUCAUCUAUGCUUUCAAUGCUGACUUCAGAAAGGUUUUCUCCAACCUCCUAGGGUGCAGUGAGUUUUGCUCUAGCACUCCAGUGGAGACAGUCAAUAUAAGCAAUGAACUCAUCUCCUACAAUCAAGACACCCUUUUCCAUAAGGAAAUAGUGACUGCUUAUGUCAACAUGAUCCCUAAUGUGGUUGAUUGCGAGGAUGAUCCUUUCGACAGGAUGUCCCAGAUCUCCCCAGACCAUGAGAUUGCCACCGACUCUGUGUGUGAGCUGGACUGUGAGGGGGAGAUCUCCCUAGAUAAAAUAACACCUUUCACCCCAAAUGGUUUACAUUAAAUUGCAUCGUGUCCUGUCUGCUUUUACUGGAUUGUACAACAAAUUGCAAACACAGAAUGAAAAGACUACUGGACUAUUGGUCAGUCAAUUCACUCUCCAACUGUGUCUUGCACUUUUAGGGUUUAGAAAUUGACACACAGAGGUGAUAAAAACAAGCUUAAUUCAACAUCCCCAAAACUGAGAGAGGACUAGGAUGUUAAAUCAGCCCUGGGGUGUGAUACUGGGAUAUGAUUAGUUAGUUAGUGUUUGUAAAAAGCUCUGAAGAUGGAAAGUGCUCUCAAAGCAUAAAGUAUCAUAACUUCUAAGAACAGGGACAGAUGCUGUAAUGACAUGGUCACUAAAAAUAAAAAUUAUUAGGUUGUCCAAUUCUUGUUUUUGUUUGACUUUUAUGUGGAGCUAAGGGUUGGGCUGAUGGUGAACUGGGUGAUUAUUUAAAUACUUGUUUCUGUUUCUUUCAAAACAGUUUCUCUGUAAUUUAAUGUGUUUUCCUAGGCAGCAUUAUUGCCUUUGAUAUCUUUGCCUUGUCCUGAAGAUGAAAAUAAAUGUUGUUGAUCAAGGAGUUAUUUUUCCUUCAUUAGCAUGAAGAUUUACAUUGUGUAAACAAAUGUUAGCAUUUCUACUUGAAUGAUUAAAGUAACUUAUUAUUUCAAAAGCAAACUAAAGUCUGUGUGGAAAUAGAAUGUUUGAGUUAAAGCAGUGCUCACAGGAAAAAUCUGAUUUAAAUUAGCUCUUUUUGAUACUUCUACUCAGAGCUAGAUUAAUGCUUACAGUUUCUGUUCCCUUUCCAUUAAUUGUCUCUGAUGUCCUUUAUUAGUCAUGAUUUUCUGUAGCUAAAAUAUCAAACGUGUAUUUAUAAAAUAUUAAAAAUCAUCUUAAUUCUAAACCUGAAUGGACUUUUAAGAUGCUAAUAGUGAGCAAAGAAUAACCUCCUGAUAGUGUUCACAAAACUGUUUUCUAUAGUAACUAUUUUAGAAAAUGAGAACAGUAAUUAGUCAUUCCCAGUGUUGCUAGUAGGUUUUAUAGUUUCAGGGAGCUCUCACCAAUGCCAAAUGCAUGACAGUACUGCUGUUGGAUUUCAAACUGAAAUCUCAUCUUGCUGAAUCUUUAAUUCAAACUUUUUUAACAUGUUAAAGGUAUUUAAUGAGAUUUAGGAUUUAGAAGACUUUAAUACAGGUUUAGAAAAACAUUACAUUAAGGUGUUUUGAAGAAACUUUAAUUCUAUUAACUCAUUCCAAGUACAAUGGAGUGAUUUAGAAUAGUUAGGUACGUUAUUUUAGAAACAUUCUAAAGCAUUUCAGCUCAGAAAAUGGAAGUGAGAAAUUGCCUGGGAAGAAGUAAAUCAAGGGGAGCAAAUUAAAUAUUAAAAUGUGAUUUUUUUUUUUUUUAAGAGUUGGCUUUGUUUUAUGAAUAAUGUUUGAGUUUUGUCUUGGUUUUAAAAGUGUCAUUGCUCAUUUGCUUAAAGUUAGAGCUUAAAUAAGACUGAAAUCAAAUUAUAAAUGGCUUGAUCCCACAGUCCUUAUUCAGGCAGCACUUCCACUGAACACAGUAGGAAUUUUGCUUAGUUAGGAUUUAGUGAUCAGACCUCUUUAUGUAUGUAGUAUUUUUGGUGUUCUAUUUGACAUUAACUGGUUAUGUAGAAGUUUGUUUUCAUUUUCUCCUUUGGUCGCUGAGGGUGGAUCUUCCUAUUACUUACAGGUCUCGAUUCAUAUCCUCUUCUGCCUGCCUUUUGGAUUAGGGUAUUGUGGAUCUGGUUUAGGAAAGUUUUGGAAAGCAAUAGUCUCUUGUACGUAGUCAGGGUCAACCGACCACUAGGUCCACCUUAGGGAUCAAAGAAUACAAGCAAACAGGUUCUGUUUGCAAGAUAGUAUUUACCCAGAGUAAAAUUCACUUUUCCCGACUAAUUCAGAGUAACUGGACUUUUUGUGGGUGGAAUACCCAGAAUAUGGUGGUGGAGAGAAAUAUAUUCUCAGCUAGGAGCCAGGUCUCCACAGCUUCUCAACUGCUACUCAAGUUUAUGGGCUUGCACAGUGUUUGAGGGACAUUAGGUCAGCACAGGUUAAGGGAAAAACAAAUGUCUCCUGUGAGUUCCCUGGGUUGCAACCUGGAACUGGAGUACCGCUGUGCCCUCUGUCUCACCAACCUGGGCUCCCUCUCCCACUGUGAUGCUGUGACAAGUUGCAAACCCUUCCAGGUCCUGAAUUUACACAGACAUCCACAGGUAGGGGCACACCCAGCUGAGUUACAUGAAUCCUUUUGCCAGCCACUCAAUAGGCUCCAGCCAAUUCCCUAUAGAUCUCCAGCCUAGGACCCCAGAACUAUACCAUCUUGCCCUGGUCAGAUGCCUGACAAGGGUAAGUUUUUAUUUACCCAGUCUGCCCCUCCCUCAAUGUGGAGAGGACAUGCACCAGUUUUUGUUCCUGAGCAGGUUCCCCAAGCACUUGAAGCAAAACAAAGUUUCAGGUAAAAUAUAAAGCAGAUUUAUUAACUACAGAAAUAAUCACUUAAAAUUGAUCUAAGUACUAAGUGUACAGAUCAAAGCUGAUUACUUAAGAAAUAAAAGUAAAACCACAAUCUGAGUUCUAUAAACUAGACAGGAUUUGAAUCAAGCAGUGUCUCAUCCUGAUAGUAUUGUUCCUUAAUACACAGGCUGGGAUUAUCCUUUCCAGCCUGGGACCACCUUCCUAGUUCAAUCUUUGUUCUCGACAUGUUUCCAGGUGUUGAGUUGUGGAGGAAGUAAGGAUAAAUGAUGUCACUUCUGCUCCUUUAUAGGCUCUUCCAGCAAAGAUCUUUUGCUAUGACAUGGGUCAAGCAGUGUCCAUUGUUUACAUGCUUCCACUGAGAAGCCUUCAUUGUACGCAGAUCCUGCGAUAGUCGUUAGUAGUGUGGAUUUCCCUUAAUGGGCCAUCAGCACCAUCUGGAUUCUCCGUUGUUGUUCCAGAAAGACUGGUUGUGGUUGUUUCCAACUUCACAACAUAUUUCAGUAACAUCCACAUAGCAGAACUUCAUAACUUCUCUCAAAAUGAUAGCACAUACAAUUCAACAGGAUAUUAAUAUUUAACAGAACAAGACCUUUUAAAUGAUACCUCACAAGGCAUACUUCGUACAAAACAUAUUAUAUAACAGUUGUGAAUAUAGGGAUGCCAGGUGGGUGUUUCUUUGGGGUACUGUCACAUCUCCAUACCCCCAUAUAAUGAUGAUGGGGUCCCCACUCAGGUCUUGCAAAAAUCAGUCACGAUGGAGCAAGUAAAGAGAGGGGCCACAACAUCCUUGUUUAUGUGGAUCUAAUGUAGAGUUUGAAUUGUGUGGAGGACCUUGUGCUGGCCCUUAAUCCAGGUGAAUUUCACUCCAAGGAAAUAGCUCCCUCAAGCUUAUUUCCACCCAUCUCAAGAAGGUAUCUCAAUAAUACUAUUUUCUCCAUCAAUCUCAAGGUGAACUUCAAAACGUCAGCACACAAAAUAUGAACCCAAGGAACGUAAUAGUCUAAAAUACAGUGUAAUGUGACAAUCUAUCUAAUUGUAUAUCCCACUGGUGCCUGCCAGACAGUGUUUGCCCACAUCUCCAAAUGCCCUGUCAUGUGCCACCUGUGCUGGUUCCUCCAUCCCUUCAAUUUCUGCUUCACAAAUAGCCCUGAUUUUAGACACCUAAAUACCCUAGAAGAUCUGGGCCUUAGCCUUGCUGUGCCUCAGCACCUCAUUUGUACACUGAGGAUAAAUAUUUAGUUACGUCUCAAGAGUGGUAUGAGGAUAAAUACAGUAACAGAAAAUUAGAAAUAUAAGAAUUGCCACUCUGGAUCAAACCAAUGGUUCCUCUAGCCCACUAUCCUAUCUCCCAUCAUGACUAGUACUAGCUACUCCAGAGGAAGAAACCCUGCAGUAAGCAGUUAUGGGAUAACCCACCCCAGGGAACAUGUCCUCUGAGCCCUUGGUAGUUAGAGAUAGGUUUAUGCAUCAAAACUUGAAGGUUUAUAUCCUUUCCAAAGCUCUUGUGUAUUUUUUUUUUUUUUUUUUUUUUUUUUUUUUACAAUUCCUAUUAUAAUUGGAUAUUCUUAUCUGUAUAAAUCUCUAAUCCUUUUAGAAUCCUGCUAAACUUUUGGUCUCCGAUAACUUGUGGCAGUGAGUUCCAAAGUCUGAAUGUUAUGUGAAAAUAUUUCCUUUUAUCAGUUUUGAAUCUGCAUCCCUUUUAUACCAACGAAUAUGUUCUUGUGUUAUGAGAGAGUGAUUGGAAGUUCCCAGUCUCUGUGAUAUUUAUUAAUAUCAGUUGGUUCACCUUUAUCCACUAUCUUAUUGACCUAUUCAAAGAAUUUUAACAGAUUAGUGAGGCUUGAUAUUCCGUUGCAGAAACUAUGCUGGUUAUUCCCUUUCAUAUCAUGAUCUUCUAGGUAUUUUAUAAUUUUAUGUUUAAUUAUGGUUGCAACCAUUACUGGACUUUUCAGUCUAUAAGUCACUAAUCACCCCAAUGCCUUUUUAAAAACAUUUUGUGGGGUGCUAAGAUACUAUGGUAACUUGGGCCACAAAAAUAGUUAAUAAAAUACUCUCUCCAUUUGGCUUUUCAGCAAGGUGUCCAUUUUUAAAGGGACAGUGCCUUUUAAUUUUCAUCUGGUCAUUUUCAUACUAAGGGGAGAAUCUUUUAAAAUUUGAAUACACCUGUCAUAAAGAGAAGGAUAAACAGCUUUAAAAUCCCUUCUGGCCAGAGGAAAAACCCUUUCACCUGUAAAGGAUUAAGAAGCUAAAGAUGACCUCGCUGGCACCUG